AUGCAAAGAACGUGCAACCUAGUCUUACGGAGGGGAUGCGGAGGGGGAGUCAACAGGAAGGGCCUCGGAAGGAGCUUCACAACAACAGACCAGGUGGGAGACUACAAAAGGAAGAACGCGUUCGAAAUAUGGAAGUGCCAUAGCGCAGAAACAUACACAGCCGAUUUAUUAUUUGACGAAAGCUUUAAAAUUAGUGAAGAUAAAGAAUUGCUCCUGAGGACGAGGGUAAGCAAAUAUAAGAACGUAAAAGAUGCCAACAUCAAAUAUUUGUUUCUAUUUCUAACGUUUAGCCAACCAUGCUGCAACCAUUUUAUUUGUAAAACGAAUCCGAGCAAUGGAAUUCCCACACAGGUAUUAGGCAAACUGAACUACCUCCUCUUGAUAAAGAAAAUACUCUCAUAUGAUUCUACACAGAAUAGGUUGCUAAAAUUUCUCUACUUCAAUUAUGUGUUACCCAGGAGGGGGAGAAAUAAAGUUUCACUCGAUGACCAAGUGAUGGAUGACACGUACCUUGGUGCUUCUCCCGAUGGGUACCUUUCCCCGUCUGGUACGAAAAUUUCCCAAGGGGAUCAUGUACAGAGAAAUUCCUACGAUGGCAAUUUCCGCCCAGGCGAAUAUACCAAUCGGGUUGAACCCCCACAAGGUGCGAUGAACUUCUGCCUAAAAGAAAUAAGGUAUUUAUUCCAAAGAGGGAAGUACGAAAUUGUUGUACACAGUAAUAUCAAAAAUAAACUCCUAAAGCAUGUUUAUUUGGACGAUCUAGAUGAUCAAAUAAAUACGCAGAUUAAUUACCUCAACACGUUUGUGAAUCAAUUGAUGGACAAAUCGAUGCUACUCCAACUAUACUCCUUCGUUGAGUCUUUUUUUGACCAAAUGGAGAAACAUGCUAACGAGUUUUUAUUUUUUCUGGACAGGUUAGCAGAUAAACUGUUACCCAAAAUGAACUUGGUAGAUACAGUCUUCAUCUUUCACAUGCACAUAAAGUUGAAUUAUUACAAUCAUUUAUUUUUAUUUAUGCUGAUACGAAAAAUGGAGCUCUUUUUCCUUCCCCUUUUGACAUACCAAGAGGGGAAUGAAGAAUUAGGGAAUUUGUACAGGCGCAAAAUAAAGUAUAACCACAAAUCACUUGUCAUAUUUUUUCACUCCUUGACAAAUUAUUUUUCUUAUCUGAAUCAACUUGAAGGAGGAACCAGAUACAAAGACAAGCGGAUACAUAUUAGAAAUUUCCUUUAUGGGAAACUGGGGGCUCUUCACGUGCUGCAGAUUUUGCAGCGAAAUUACCAAUCGUUUUCUUUGCUAGACUAUACCUUGGUGUUUUCCACUUUUAACAAGCUCUGCAUACAUAAUAAGGUACUCAGCUCUGUUCUACUGGAUUAUAUAGACAAAAUGGGAUCAUUCCAUCCGAAGAAUGGUAACUCACAGAAGGGAAGACUCAGUCCGUUGACUACCUCCCUCAGUGAUAGCAACCUGCAUUUGUAUGCCUCCCUUUUGAGUUCCUUUACAAAGUGUUUCACAUCGUAUAAGUACUGCAGGGAUGAAUACGACAAAGUCAUGCGGGUAUUACUUAUCUUGUUUGAAAAUGCCCUAUGGGUUAUCUCCAAAUUGUUUGUCAGUGAAGGGAAGAAUCUUCUCUGCCUUCAGGGUGACCAUCAAAUGGGUGAGUUCAAACAACCUUCCGGAAGAACCCACUUAUCCGUGGAGAAAUCUCACUCGCGAAUCGUUACAUCUGAAGUAGAUGCACAGAUCAGAUGCGACAACGCACCAAACGGUAAGAGUGGUCCCCUCGAAGAGGCACAUUCAAAUUCAAAACCUACCUAUUUUGCCUUCAUUAAGCUUCUACAGUUGGAGAGGAGAAAAAGUAAAGUGGAUAAUAUAGAGGAACCACCCUCAGAACAAACAUUCCACCAAAAUACCGUAUCACGUGGGGAAGGAGACUUCCUGAAUAGACUCAUCCACCAAAAGAACAUCGAAACAGAUAACCAUUAUAAAACUGUGUACCAUGUACAAAAUAUCCAACAUAACAUCAAAUACAUCGUUAAUUGUCUGAACUCGACCUACAAACUGCUUAACCACUUUAUUGAAAUGUUUCAAGUUAAAGAAUACAGCAAGAAAUUUAACCGAAUCCUUCUGUACAAUUUUUCCAAUAAACUAAUUUUUGAGAAAAAAAAUGUGAAUUGUUCUGGAAGUUAUUUGGAUAACAUACACAAGUGCACUGUACAUGGUAGCAGAUUGUUCGACUACCACGAGGGGGGGGUAGAUAUAAAUCGUUUAUUCAUGUGCGCAUAUUUGGAGAGUUUUUUGCUCUGCGAUUUGGUCAAUGUGUAUGUCGGUAGAAUGGUCAAAAGGUUCCAUGAUGAAAUGCCACAAAAAACUAGCGAAGCAUCCAACGAGGGGAUAUUCUUCUCCCAAGUGGCCGCCAACACACUGGGGGCUAUCCAAAAUUUGAAGAUGCUACGGUACGACAUUUUUGAUAAGAUUACACACAUCAUCAGAAGGAAAUACUUCAAACUGGAUGUAGUUAAUGUAGGAAAUAUUAUCCACUCCUUUGCCUCCAUGAAACUGAGAGAUGUGCAGAUAAUAGAACUUCUAACCAACCAGUUGAUAUCUCACGCGAAUGACAAACAGGGGAAUCAUUGCCAGAUAGGUGAACAGACACUGAGCAAUGUCUCCAUCUCGCUAUUAAGACUUGAUUUGCCCAACGAAAAGUUUAACGAAAUUAUUUUCAGAAAUUACAAAAAGAUCCAAUCUGUCCACGCACUCAUAAAUAUCACUCUCUACUUAUGCUACUACAAUUUUAUCAGUUCAUUUGUUCUGCAGAAUAAUUUUACAUACCUCUUUGAGCGUGUGAAUAUAGCAGAUAUGAGUACCUUGACUGUUCAAAAUCAGACACAGUUAUAUCUCAUUGCUCUUCUAACCCUAUAUGUUCAUCAGUAUUCUGUUGGGGAGAUACAUAAGUGGCAAGAUCCGAAGGGGAUCCCAUUUGGAGAGAUUUCCACCCACUUGAAUGAUCUUCGAGAUGUCUUUCUACUACCCCAAAGGGUAACCCCAACUCUAAAUAAACAAAGCGGAGCUCCAAAUGCAGAUGAAAUUCAGGAAGUGAUGCAUGUAAAUGAGGGAAGAAGAGAAAGAGCGUUUCCUGAGUCAGAUUGCACACAUGGCAUUCCAUCGUCCAUAAACAUGUUCGAAAUAUUGGCUCAAAAACGUAUGAAUAACUCACCAAUGGAAACGAACCCCCUAUUAAGUGAGAAGGAUUACUUAAACCUCCAUUUCAUCGGUGCUUUUCCCUUUUCUGCACCUCCCGUCGAAACUACCUCCAGUUUGCACGACGAAAUAUACGACUUGGUGGCGUCACUGAGUCUUCCGCGCCGGAUGACGAAGGAGUUGCCACACUACCCCUACUGCGUCGACAUAGUGCUCGCCUAA